UCCCUCAACCUGGUAAGUCGGCGCGUGCCUUGCUGCCUAAACUGCUCCCGCUUUUGCCUUCCCACUUCGACCUUCAUCCUCCAACACACUUCGACCUUCACCCUCCAACACUUCGACCUUCAUCCUCCACACUUCGACUCUACAUCGUCCACCACACUUUCUUGACCGUCACAUCACCACACUAUCUUGACCGUACAUGAUACUCUUCUUGAUUGUACAUCGUCUACAAUUCAUCUACUUCAACAUCCUCUACUUCAACAUCCUCUACUUCACUGCUCCCGCGCACGGCUACUUUACUGUUCGCGAGUACGUCUGCCUCACUGCUCCCGAUCGGCGAGCCUUUUUUCCCGCGCACCAGUCCUGCCCUUUUACUUCCUCACCUGUCACCACACCUCCGCAAGCCAAAACCACUAACCGUCUCGUCAGCAGCCUCAAGUCCAUCUGUCCGCUAACCGUCCUCGGUCGGCAGUCAGCAGUCUCGCGGAAAGCCCUUGGUGAGUUCAAUCUUUGUAGUUUGCCUUUCCAUCCUGCAACUCUUUCCAGUUUGCUUUUCUAUUCUACUGACCGUUCUCGCCAGCUCAGUCAAACUCCAAUUUCGAGUUUGUACCACUCGGUAAGUUCUAACUGCCAUGCCGCCCCCACUGCUGGUAUACUCGUGAUACCUACCUCACCCGAGCCUCUUUUUUUCAGGCCGAGGCAAUUCCUGCCGCCGACCUUUGGCGCGCACAGGAAACCUUGCUGCCCCGGCACACAGAAACCUUCUUCACAUCUCCUCGCGCUUCCACACCUCUACCUACUUUUCACUUCUACCUCAGCGCACUUCAUCGCACUCUCACCUACUUUCACUGCCUGCUCUUGCAUUUCAGCAUCACAUGCCCGCAAUCAGCAUCACGUGCCCGCACAGAAUCUAACAGACGGUAGAAAGUCAAACUGCAAGAGCUAUCCGGCACGCGCAGCCCACUAGCCAAACCGUAACAAGUAGGCAACCUCCCCUCUCCAAGAUCUUCCUCGUGCACCAACACUGACUCAGACUACAGCCAGUCUACUCGAACAGCUUACAGCUUUCAACUUCCUCCA